UUUUUUGAGAUGUGAUUGCAGAAAUAUGCGAGCAAAAUCGGCUCGAUUUAACGAGCUGAUUAGAAUCAAUCAGCUUUACAACAUUCAAUAAAAGACGCCUCAUUUUAUCUGUAUUUCAUGUUCCAAAAUUUGACAGGUAAAAUAAAAAUAAAAGUGCUGCCCCCUUAGGAAGUGGUGGUUGUUGUUGUUGUUUUUGUAUUCUCACUUAGGGUCAAGGACGUUGUUAUUGACGUUUAUAAGGAAUUCCCAGAACCUCGUUUAAAAGCUCGCUUACCAACAAGGGUUUCCCAGGACGCUACAGCGUGAUCAAUGUGGAUAACAGUUUAUUUACACAAGAAAUUCUUCUUCAAACACAGCUGUCUUCAAAACAAAUAAGAUGAGUUUCCAUCUCGAACAGAACAUUUACCAAGAUGGCCGGCGUGCCUCAAGUAUUGCGGAUUAAGAACAUGAAGAAAGAGAAUACCACUGCUGACAAGGGCACACCACGGCCCUCAUCUGGGAGCUCAGUGUCGUCUCGAUCGUCUUCGCAAAAAACAAAAGAAAAGCCUGUUGACAAAGGCCCUACUAAGGAGGAGCUGAUACAGGCAAAUACGGAGCUUUCAAGAGAAGUUGAGAAUCUGACUACGGAAAAUCAACUUCUAAAGUCAACCAUAGGUGCUGUGAUUGAUAAACUUAUAGAGAACGCCAAGAUUAAAGGCGUUAAAGUGUCUCGCGAUGUUGAAAACCCAAAUGUUUCAGAAGUGUCUGCAGAUUCAUUAGUGAGUUUGACAGAAAAGUUGACUGCUGAAAAGCGUAAAAGUGAUACAAUGGAAUUUAGAGUUGAGGAGCUUGAAACUAGAAUUACGCAUUUAAAUACAGAGUUAGCAAAGCUAAUAAGAACUAGAGUGAAUGUGGAAAAUGAGUUGGAUGAACUGUUAACCAAUUGUCAUACCUUUGAAGAAUCAAAAAAGAAAGCUACAGAGAUACUCAGAGAUGUUCGAAGCACCAAGCUGUUCACAUUCUUGGAUUCCCUCCCUUUGGAAGACCUUGGCUCAGGUGAGGUAACUCCAGUUCAACUACCAGGGACACCGCUGACAUCAACGCCUCGUAACUCAUCAAAACCUUUACCUCAGACCCUCACUGUGAUUUUGAAUACAGAAAAACCUGAAUUUGACUCCGGAAAGUUUGAAAAGCCACCCCCAGUGAAGAUGGCUGGUGACACUCAUAUUAAGAACAUGCACAAAGACUUGCGGAUGUAUGUGAUACAGCAACUAAGUCUGCCAAAAGGAAGUGGUGCUGACUGGCGACUUAUGGGGGAGCGGCUAGGCAUCCCGCAGGAGACGAUUAGCCAAUGGAAACGCUGGAAGAUUGAACAGCCGAUGUUCUACAUGUUACAGACUUGGAGUCAGAGCUCGGGUGCUACAGUGCGCAUGCUACAUCGUCAUCUCGUGUCUCCUCAGAUGAGGUGUACGCUACUGGCCAAACGGAUCAGUGACUUCUAUAAAGUGGAUUGAUGAUGCAUGUAUUGUGAUGGAUAGUAUUGUAAAAUCAUGAUUGUCUGUGGAGCAUCAAUUUUGAGUUGAUAUUGUAGGUUGACUUAUCAACGAAUUUUAC